AUGGGGAAAGAAUCUGAGAAAGAGAAAAUUCAUGACCAGGAGCCUGCGAAAGAAAUAAGUGCAUUUGAUGGUUAUGUGAGGAUCUUUCAAUAUGGCUCGUCCAAGGAGUAUACCAUGCAAGCUAUUGCCACUGCCUGUGCGCUGGGAUCUGGUGUGGGCAUGGCUCUUGUGAACCUGGUGCUUGGACAGUUCAUCACACUCACCACCGACUACUCGUUGGGGAAUACGGUUCCUUCGAAGUUCCGAAGUGAGGCCGGCAGACUUAGUCUCUACUUCUUCGUCAUUGGCCUCUGCCGAUUCUUCCUCACUUAUGGAUAUAGCACACUGUAUACAUUUGCCGCAUACCGCAUCAUACGAAAUAUUCGUCGCCAGUACCUAAAAGCAGGACUGAGCCAGGAAAUUGCCUUUUUCGAUGGUGGAACAAGCGGAUCGAUUGCAAUGCAAGCUACUUCAAACGGACGGCUGAUCCAAGGUGGAACAUCGGAAAAGUUAGGGCUUGUCGUCCAGGGCCUGUCCGCUUUUAUCUCGGCCUUCGUACUGGCCUUCGUCACUCAAUGGAAGCUAACUCUUAUUUGCUGUUGUAUUGCCCCAGCAAUGCUUCUGGCUGGGGGCAUCAGCGCCACUAUUGAAGCUUCGAUUGAAACAAAAGUCCUCAAAGUUCAGGCCCAGGCUGGAGCUUUUGCAGAGAGUAUUUUUUCUAGCUCUCGAACGGUACAGGCUUUCGGGCUUCGAAAGCACUUGCUACGUGACUUUGACAAGUUCUUGCAAGCUUCAAGAAAGCUUGGAAAUAAGAAAUCCCCUCUUUUUGGCCUCCUGUUUGCCACAGAGUACACCAUCAUAUUUGCAGGGUUUGGUUUGUGUUUCUGGCAGGGCAUAAGAAUGAUAUCGACCGGGGAGGUAGAGGAAGCUGGAGAUGUUUUCAUUGUGCUCAUGUCCGUGAUCGUGGCUGCUACAAGCAUGACCACUAUAAUGCCUUAUCUGAUUGACUUUGUCCGCGCUGCCUCUGCAGCGUCAGAGCUAUUCCGGCUCAUUGACCGAGAGUCGAAUAUCGAUCCGUUCAACGAGUGCGGAGGAAAACCGACAAAUGUGAUGGGCUAUCUUGAUUUUAGUAACGUCACGUUUGCUUACCCUACGCGCCCUGAUGUCAAUGUGUUGGAUGACUUCUCAUUGCACAUCCCUGCUGGGAAGACAACUGCACUCGUCGGAGCAAGCGGUUCUGGAAAGAGCACUAUCGUCGGAAUGAUCGAACGAUGGUAUAACCCUUUGUCAGGAACAAUCAAGCUUGAUGGUCAGCCUGUCGAGCAGUUCAACUUGAAAUGGCUACGCCAGCAGGUGAGGCUUGUUCAACAGGAGCCUGUUUUAUUCGCCGGCUCCGUCGCUGAAAAUAUCGCCAAUGGUCUUGUGGGUACACCGUGGGAGAGUGAGCCCCCGAUUGAAAAGCUGGCCCGGAUACAGGAAGCUGCUAAAGUAGCUUUUGCUCAUGAUUUCAUCACCGAACUUCCCAACGGAUAUGACACUGUCAUUGGGGAGAGGGGUGGCCUAUUGUCCGGCGGUCAAAAGCAACGGGUUGCAAUUGCGCGCAGCAUUGUUUCCCAGCCGCGAAUUCUCCUUCUAGAUGAGGCAACAAGUGCACUUGAUCCUCAUGCCGAGGAACUCGUUCAACGAGCACUUAAUAAUGUUUCAAAGGGACGCACAACCAUCACCAUCGCACACAAACUAGCGACUAUCAGAGAUGCUGACAAUAUUGUUGUCAUGGAAAAUGGGCGUAUUCUAGAGCAAGGUACGCAUAAGGCCCUUUUACAAUUGAAUGGCGCCUACGCACGACUAGUACGAGCUCAGGAUUUGUCUGUGGUCACGCAGCAUCCCGAAGAUGUCUCAACUAGCCCGGAUGAGAUAGACAAAGAAGACCAUGUUGCAUUGACUAGUGAAUUGACCCAAUACUCAACUAUGACGAGAUCAGCUCUAGAGAAGCAGUUGAGUCGGGAUGAUUUUGAUAAAUGGGAAAGAUUAGGGCUUCUCCACACGGUGUGGCGAUUGAUCAAAUCAACCCCAGAGCUCAAUGGGACUUUCACUGUUCUGAUUAUAGUUUGUUUUGCAGGAGCGGCUUCAUUUCCCGGUCAAGCUAUUUUGAUGUCCAAGUUUAUCAACGUAUUUCAGUUCACAGGUGCAGCUAUGCGAACGAAAGGGAACUUUUUCGCUCUUAUGUUCUUAGUUCUUGGACUUGGAUCUUUCGUUGUCUACUUUGUGAUGGGUUGGACAUCAAACAUUGUGGCGCAGACAAUGAACCACAAAUACCGAAAGCAGAUUGUCAACGACACUAUGAAGCAGGACUUGCAAUUCUUUGAUCGCACGGAGAACACUACAGGGGCACUCACCAGUCGUGCCGACUCUUAUCCACAGGCUAUGUUUGAGCUCAUGGGCUUCAACAUUGCUCUGAUACUGGUUGCAACAACUGGUGUGCUAUCAUGCUCCAUCCUGUCAAUUGUAUAUGCAUGGAAGCUUGGCCUUGUGAUUGUAUUAGCAGGCCUUCCACCCAUGCUUCUUUCUGGUUAUGCUCGUAUCAGAAUGGAGGCUGCACUGGAUCACAGAAUUUCGAAAUUAUUUUCCCAGAGUGCAUCCAUUGCCUCAGAGGCCGUGAAUGCUAUUCGGACGGUGUCUUCUUUGGCGAUCGAAACGUCUGUUUUGGAGCAGUACACCCAGGAGCUUGACCGGGCAAUUGCGACGUCCACGAAGCCAUUGCUUUUCAUCAUGCUUCCUUUUGCAUUCACUCAGACUGUUGAAUACUCGUUCCUGGCACUUGGCUUCUGGUAUGGAUGCCGGCUUGUCUCAUUCGGAGAUUUGAGCGAGGUUAAUUUCUACAUCAGUUUCUUGAGUGUGUUCUUUUCCGGUCAGCAAGCUUCAAUUCUUUUUGGAUUUUCAAGCAGCAUGACAAAGGCAACCCAUGCGGCCAACUACAUAUUUUGGCUUGAAGAAUUGCAGCCCACUAUUCGAGACACCGAAGAAAACCUCCACAUUGGCCCUGGUGACUUCGGGUCCCUACAUAUGGAAAGCCUGCAAUUCUCUUACCCGAUGAGACCUCAUGCUCGCGUACUACGCGGCAUUGACCUUCACAUCAAAAAAGGCCAAUUUGUCGCAUUCGUCGGCGCAUCUGGCUGUGGAAAAAGUACUAUGAUCAGCAUGCUCGAACGCUUUUACGACCCAGUGGCCGGCCACAUAAAAGUUGAUGCUCUUACAUUGGACCGUAUGAAUCCAUGGCUGUACCGAGGCCAAGUGGCACUUGUUCAGCAAGAGCCCACCCUCUAUCCGGGAACCAUUCGCGAAAACGUCUCCAUGGGCACACCAACUGAUUGCGCGUCAAUGGUUCCUGACAGUGACAUUGAGGCUGCCUGUCGGGCCGCCAACGUUUGGGAAUUUAUCUCUUCUCUGCCUGAUGGCCUUAUGACUCUAUGUGGAAACAACGGGACACAGCUUUCUGGCGGGCAACGUCAACGCAUCGCCAUUGCCAGAGCAUUGCUUCGAAAUCCAAAUUUACUUCUCUUAGAUGAAGCAACAAGCGCAUUGGACACUCAGUCGGAGAGAAUCGUCCAAGAUGCACUGAAUGAGGCGGCUUCCCAGGGGGAUAGAAUCACGAUUGCGGUUGCCCAUCGCUUGUCGACUAUUCGCCACGCGGAUAUGAUUUGCGUGUUUGAUGGGGGCAAGAUCGCCGAGUCUGGAACUCAUGAGGAACUACUAGGAAAAGGUCGACUCUAUCCGAAUAUGUGCGAGGCUCAAAACCUAGACAUUUGA